UGGAAAAGCAUCCAUCAUGCAAAUUUCCCAGCAGGAGGUCGCGGCCAACGCCGUUCAAGCCAGGAGUCGCAUUCGCCAUCAUAUCUAUCAAACCCCUCUAAUCCCAGCCAGGCGAAUCGGUCAUGACCAGGGCGCGAAGGUUCUGUUUAAAGCAGAAAACUUUCAACUCACCGGAUCUUUCAAAAUACGAGGCGCACUUUCUAAACUGUCGUCCCCGUCAGCACAGGGACCCCUGAUCACAGCGUCGUCAGGUAACCACGGCAUUGGUGCCAGUCUUGCCGCGAGAGUGCUUGCAAAGGACCUUACCGUCGUCCUUCCCGAUACAGUCGUACAGGCAAAAUUGGACAAAAUCAAGUUGUUCGGUGUUGAAGUGAUCCUUCAUGGUGUGGAGACCGGCCUGGCGGAACAGCACGCGCAGCAGCUUGCUGCUUCAGGUUCCUACACUUAUAUUUCGCCGUACAACGACGCAGAAGUUAUUGCGGGACAAGGAACAAUCGGACUUGAAAUUCUUGAGCAGCUGGAAGAAGUCGACAAUGUCUUCAUUUCCAUGGGGGGCGGUGGGCUUCUCAGCGGCGUCGGAUCCGUUCUCAAAAGUUUUCGCCCCGAAACGAAGAUAUAUGGAGUCUCCGCCAGCAACUCCAAGGCGUUGGCAGCCUCUCUAACGGCCGGCCAUGUCGUGGAAACGGAUCAUUUCCCUACCCUGGCCGAGGCUGUGGCUGGUGGUAUUGAUCCCGAAACGAUAACACUAGGUCUGGCAAGCGCGGUCGUGGACUAUGUUAUUGAGUGCAACGAGGCAGAGAUCUUGAGCUCCGCACACGCUCUUGCUGUUCAGGAGAAUAUCAUCGCUGAGGGCUCCGCGGCGCUUGCUCUUGCCGGAUUCAACAAAGUCGCUGAGAAAUUGACCGGCCAAACGAGUGUCGUCCUUCUAUGUGGUGGGAACGUCGACCAUGAUUACAUCCGAAAGGCAGUAUGUAGCUAAUGUUUGAAAUGUAUUGGACAGUGUGAUGAAUUCAACCAAGUCUUCCCAUUUAACUUCACAACAAGCGUACUUCGUUGGCCGACAGACUCCGCUCAAGCCCAACCCCAUUCACCCCAGUACUUAUCUCCCCGCGACAAGGCACGCACCAGUCAAGAAGUCAUAGC